AUGCAACUCAGUCCUCAUUCAGUAGAAGUCAAAAAAGUCAAGGGCUGCACCCUGCAGUUGUUACAUACACAGAAGAAGAAGGGUGAAGCGAAAGAAACCAAAUCUUUGCUGAGUGCCUUUGACAUCCUGACCAUGGCAACCAUGCGAAUGCUUCUCUUUCUGGCUAUCUUCUAUUCUGCAGGGAUUUGCAUGAUCUCCUCUGUCACAGACCCCAACGAUGGUAUGUUCUUGCAUGAUCUCCUCUUUUAUCUUGUCGAUCCAGCUGCUGUGCUCCUAUCCUUGAAGAAUUCGUGGCAAAAUACGCCACCCAGUUGGGACAAGUCAAAUGAUCCCUGUGAUUCCCGGUGGGAGGGAGUCACCUGCAACAAUUCAAGGGUGUCUGGACUGGGAUUAUCAAACAUGAGCCUCAAGGGGAAACUUUAUGGUGACAUUGGUGGACUCACUGAAUUAAGAUCCUUGGACCUUUCCUUCAACCCUGGCCUCACAGGUCCUCUCUCUCCAAGAUUAGGGAAUCUGAAAAAUUUAAGUAUCCUGAUCCUAGCUGGUUGCAGCUUCAAUGGUGAAAUUCCAGAUGAAUUAGGCAAUCUUGCAGAGCUAUCCUUCUUGGCUCUGAAUUCAAAUAACUUUUCUGGUGCCAUACCCCCUUCUUUGGGCAAACUCUCGAAACUCUACUGGCUGGACCUGGCAGACAAUCAAUUGACUGGAACAAUUCCAAUUUCGACCUACCAUUCCCCUGGCUUAGACCUCCUGUUGAAGGCUAAACACUUCCAUUUGAACAAGAACCAGCUUUCAGGUGUCAUACCGGCCAAACUUUUCAGCUCUAAGAUGGCACUGAUACAUUUGUUGCUUGACGGAAAUAGAUUUACUGGUACUAUCCCAGUAACAUUAGGACUUAUUAAGACUCUUGAGGUUCUUCGGCUUGAUACAAAUGCUCUGGCUGGAAGUGUCCCCUCAGAUCUUAACAACCUUACGAAUGUCAACGAAUUAAAUUUGGCCCACAACUACUUGUCAGGCCCUCUACCUGACUUAAGUGGAAUGAAUUCCCUCAAUUAUGUAGACCUUAGCAACAACUCAUUUGACCCAUCAGAAGCUCCACUUUGGUUCUCAACCUUACCCUCACUCACCACUUUGGCCAUAGAAUUUGGAUCACUUCAAGGGGUUGUGCCAGAGAAGCUUUUCAGCCUUCCAAAUUUACAACUGGUGAAGCUCAAAUACAAUGCGUUUAACGGUACAUUGAACAUGGGCGAUAGCAUCAACCCACAACUGCAGCUUGUUGAUCUGCAGAACAAUCAGAUUUCCAGAAUAAUUCUGGACUUUUCGGGAACCCGGUUUGCAGCAGCAGUUCUGGUGCAUCAAAUGCUACUUUCUGUCAGCCUCCCCAUCAAACUACAAAAUCUUAAAUGGUCAAUCAAGAUGAGAGCUUUUGGCCAACUAGUGGAAAAUGGUGCAAAAGUGGGGAUGCCUGUGUAUAGCUUCAUCUAA